CUGCUGCCAAAUUUGGCAAAGACCCAAAGUCCUAUGAGGUAUUGACUAAGCGGUUUGUUGGAGAUGAGAAUGGGGUUGUGAAAGGAUUGGAAGUGGUCCAUGUCCACUGGGAGAAGGAUGCUAGGGGGAAGUUUCAAUUUAAGGAAGUUGAGGGCUCUGAGGAGAUGAUUGAGGCUGAUCUAGUUCUUUUAGCAAUGGGUUUCCUUGGUCCUGAAUCGUUUGGGCCACAAGGCCCACAACCAAAACGACACCGUUGCAGAAAAGGACGAGUCCCACCGCCUCAUGUGUCUAAAGCUCAGGCGCCGCCGCAAUCGAGCUUUCCAAGCCUCCAAAGUUAUCUCUAUCCUUCGGCAGAUCCGAACCCUCGACCUCAGCGAUUCGACUUAUUUGGUCUUUCGACGCAGCGAAAACAAUCUCAUCAAGAAAACCCCAAGGAACCAGAAGGUGAGGUCUCGGAAAACUCAGAGAAGCUCGAAAGUGAAGAUGACGAUACUCACAAUGGCGAUGCUGAAGAUGAGGAUAUGAGGACAGUGAUGGCGUUCAAGUGA